GCCGCCACUGCCGUCGUCGUCUCGUGCUCACUGGCAGCCGCUUUGGGCGCGAGAGGGCGCUGUGAUCGCAUGGCCGCCCUCAGUACUCGCGAGCCUCGCUCGGUGUGUGUUUCGUGUCGGCGUCGUCGUCGCCGUUACCGUCGUUCCUUGUCUCUCCGGCCGCUUGUUUUGCACAUCGUCGGCCGUCUGCGCGCGUACGCAAUUAAUUCCGUUCGCGAAUCCGUCCCAUCUGACACGACGGCCGUCCCGUCGCGCUCCUCCGCCGUUGGACAAUCACUCUCUUUCUCUCUCUUUCUCCCUCUCUCUCUCGCGUGAGCAGAAGGAAGAAGCAACAGCAGCAACGGUGGCGGCGUUAGUUGAGUUUGUGUCGCUCGCGCGGCGCGUAUCCGCGUGACAGUGUGCGUGACAGUGUGCAUCGCUCCCGUGUGUGUAAACUGACGUUGUCGUCGCCGUCGCCGUCGACGACGAGGAAGAUCCCUGGAAUCUCAUUCCCUCCGUCGCCAUCUCUCCGUCUCGCUCUCGGUUUCUAUUUCUUCGCGUGACUCUGUCCGACUCCGAUUCUCGCGCUCCGAUUCUCUGUCGCCCUCUCGCAUUACCCACGGCGUCGAAUAAAUUUACGUACGUUGUGCCCCCCGGAGUCGAAAUACUACGCGCCGCUCCCGUGUGUUUACGAUCGUUGCGUCCUCUCUAUCGCUGUCUCGCUCUCCUCUCACCUGCGCUCCUCACGGCCUAACGCGGACAGGUGUCCCGUGGAAGCAGCAGAGGAGAAGCCGACGCCUGCCUCUCUGUGAUAUAACAUCGGGCCGCUGGCUGCGCCUCGAUGAUCCUUCCCGAAUACUGCCGAGAAAACGAGCCCUCCACUGCCCGUCGUCGUUUGAGGACGUGCCUCUCCUCCAGUCAUCAACGUCGGCAGUCGCUCUCGCGGUUCUCCUCCGUGCGAGUAAUUUUCCAUAGUGUGUGCCAAUCGCGAGGAAUUCCGUUGUAAAUAGCCAGUGAUUCUCCGUGAAGCCGGUCUCGGCUCAGACGAUUUUUCGUACGUUCUGUAGACUCUAUCAAAGUGAUCAGUGCCAUAGUUACGAAUAAGAAUAACGAAGUUGCUCCAAGGAGAAAUCUCUGUCUGGAACGCGCAGGAUAAUCGAUUUAGCGUGCAACUGGUGCGAGUAAUUAAGCAGCCGAUAACAAGAGCGUCAUUUGUCCGAUGUAAUAACCGCACUCUUAAACGACGCUCGAGAAGACGCUGUACACAUUCUCAGCGCGAAUUUUACAAGUGGGAGGCUGGAACACAUCACCGGAAUAAGCGCGUCUCUUUGCCGCGCGCGCGACGAUCAGAUGCGCGCUCGCCCGGCCGAUCGAUAACUCUCGAUAAAGUUCGAGAGCGACGAGCGCGCUCGGGCCUUUUUGGGGAUCGACGCCGAGCACGUGGGAGCCGCGCCAAUCUUACCCUCAAGCCGUGGAGUCGCGAACGAGAAGUGUCGAACGACGACGCGAGCCACUGCCGCCGCCGACCCCUCGAGCAGGUGUACACCGGGAUGCUCGCCGCGUCGGCCACCCGGUAGCUCCGUUGCCGGCUCUCGUAGCGAUCCUCAGCCCGUGGCGUCGAAAGAGACGGGGUCGCUGCAAGGAUCAACACCGGGCCGCGUCGAGUGCAAUGUCCAUCCGCGUGAGCGGUGUCUAUUUGGUGCCCACCAGCCCGGGCUCCAACGAUAAUGGCGGUAACGACAAAGGCGGCAACUUGGCCGUGGAUGGCAAUCUACACCAUCAGCAGCAGCACCACCAUCAUCAUCACUCGACGACGAAGACGGUGACGAUCGUGACGGCGCCGCAGCGCAGUAAUAGUCUGGACUAUCUCAACUUCGAGGAGAAACGGCAGAUCAUCGCGUCGUCCUUGUCUCUGAGUGAUUUUUUGGCGCAUGGACCGGCAGCAGCUGCGGCCGCUGCCAAGGAAGUGGCGGCGAAUACGGUGAUAGCGAAAAAGCAAAAUGGUGCUGCUCUGCGGACAAAUAGUUUGGGUUCGGGUGCGAGAACACCGCCCUUGGAAAGAAAAAGCAAAUUUUCGGCCCUCGGUAGACUCUUCAAACCCUGGAAAUGGAAGCGGAAAAAGAAAUCGGAUAAAUUUGAAGCCGCUUCGUUAUCGCUGGAGAGAAAAAUCUCGGUACGUGCCAGCAGAGAUGAAUUGGUGCAGAAAGGGAUAUUGCUGCCCGUUAUACGGUCAACGUCGUUUCCGGAGAAUGAAACAAUGAGCGAGCCGGCGAUGGACGCGCAAAAACCGCCGACGCCGCAGCAAACGCCUCAGCAACAGCAGCAGCAACAGCCGCCGUUGCAGCAACAGCAACCAUCCGGUGGCACCGUGACUGGUGGCACCGGGGGUGGCGAAGGCAACCCCGCGAUAACACCCACGUCCGCCAGCAACGUGCAGCAAUCCCAGCAACUGGUACCUUCGGCCGCGCCGACCCCGACGACUGCCACCCCGCAUUCUACUGCAGGACCGCCCAGCAGCAAUCAACCGUCGCCCCAUCCCUCGCCCCUCUAUCCCGGCAUACCACAGCAGGCCGGCCAGCUCAACGGCAGCACGCAAGGUAUGUAUUUGCAACCAGUUAUGAGUGUUCUACAGUUAUUUUCAUCGUGGAUUUCAGAACAAAAUGUAUGUAAGAUUGCAUUAAUUAAUGUAUAACCACCGCUGGUGCGCAGUGCUUAGGAUGCGAACUAAAAUUGUAAGUACUUAUAAUCAAUUGCUGUGCAUCAAAAUUAUCUAAAAGUUCAAAAUUUGGAACAAAAUUUGAAGUUUGGAAUGAUGCUAUACUGUAAAAAGAUCAAUAAAUUCAUACAAAUAAAUUGAAUGAUGACACAAAUAACAUAAAAUGGCACAAAUAGCGAUAAAGAAAUAAAUGACGUGACAAAAUGCAUGAGUCAUCUAUAUUGCGUGUCUAUACAUAUUCUUUACGUGCGGAAUAUCUAAGUUAUCAUCUUAUUAUUAUAGUCCGAUCUUAUUGCAUAAUCAAUACUUUAAUCUUGUUGUAUAGCCUGCAUUUAUGUAAAAGUUCAACAGAUGAAAAUAACAAACCAUUGACAUUUUUUGUUGAUUAUUUGACAAUAUUACAUAUUAUAUUAAGAUACAAUUUAGAUAUAUAUUUUAUGUAUAUACAUUAUUUGCGUGUGGAUCUUUGACUCUAAAAUAAUUUCUGAAAUAGGAACGAUCAUAAAUAGGGUGUAUCGCGUAAACAUUGCGACAUUUAACUGAUCAAAGGUCUUGUUUAGAUGUUUAACCUUUCUUAAUAUCGCUCAGAUGAAUUUUUUAUAUUUAUAAAAAUUUCAAGUGACAUAUAAUCGUUUAUGUUAUAAUGCAACUAGGUGUUGUUGUUGACUGUUGUUGUUUUUAAUCUUAGCACGAAUUUUAUUUAUUAAAAAUUUUUUGUCUUAAACACAUUUUCAACAUAU